AUGGCCUCUGCAAUCAAUAUAGCAAGCUCUGAAGGGACGGCGGAAAAAAAUUCACCAACUCAGGCAGAAUCAGAUAACUCUGCUCGCAGUCGGACGGUGAUGACGAUGCUCUCUGGCUUUGCCAACGAAUCCCUUAGAGUGGGAAAUGCAGCAUUGAGGAAUACCCAGUCUUCUAUGGAAACCAGCAUGAAGAAACUUUGGCAAGAUAACGAGAUCCUUGACCGUACAUUGAAGAGUAUUGGCCCGGAGCGAGACUUCUAUAAGGACAGAGCAGAUCGCUAUCAUGCAUUAUUCGCUGCAUCCCCUGAAGCACUUCCUGCUGUCUGUCAUGAUCUUCAGCAGGAGGUCGAACGAUUACGAAGACAAUAUGCAGCUCUCACAUCGACUAUCGAAAGAUUUGUCAACGACGGGUUAGCUCUCGGAGUACUUGUGAAAAGCGAUAACAGUCCCGACGACAUGUCGCUCAAUGUCGACUACCAACGACCUCCGCAAGCCCGAGCGGCGGCUCCCUCAAAUGUUGAUCAGAACAUGCACCAACAGCAACCUUAUAUGAACAACCGUUCUCUAAUAAUAUCUGAUACCAGUCAUUACACCUUUGCGCAUAGAACCUCGAACAACGCCCCCGAAGUGACGCCUCUUGCCAACCAACGCCGACAUUCUGUCCCGUCUAUCUCGCCAUUCGCUCAUGAGCGUCCUGUCAUCGGUAUCUCGAUGCCAGGCCAAGUGUUACAGGCCCAGUAUAACGCUCCGCAAUCGAACCGUGUUCCCGCCCAGGUUGGCAUUCACUCUCAUUCUCAGCCUCAGCCUCGUUCCCAACCUUCCACGACCUGCCCGUACCCUUCUCCCACGAUCACUCACCCACAACGUUCCGCAUCCUCUCACCCUUCGUCUCAUUGUCAAGUACAGAUGAUCUCGCAGGGCCGUCCUACACCUUUUGAAAACCAGCCAUUCUGCACGCUCAAAAACCAAUCUUCUCGUUCAUCUGUUCCUCCACAUAAUCGACUACCACCAAUGAUUCCGUUGGAACAUACUGCAUCUCUCGAGACUCAAGUAUCUCGUCCAUCGACUCCUCAUUCUUAUCCGGUUCCUGCAAAUAAUCAAUCCAUACGCUCGUAUGCUUCUUCGAACAGAGUAUCGCCUUCGCAAAGCGCACAAAAUCCUCGCAUCUUCGGUAACGUCCAUCAGUCCAAUCCCUCUACGGUGCUGCAGUCUGUAUCUCGCAUGGGCCCGCUUAGCACCGUUGUAUAUCACACGCCUGUUCUAGUGUCCUCUUCCAGCGACGUACAUAUAGCGGCGCAAGUCCACAACGUACAGAUUGAUGACAAGAAGCCUAUCCAAGGACCAGCUCCACCAACUCCUCCUCAGUUGGAUAGAUCGCUUAGUUCCGAUCAGGAACAGUAUCCGACGUUACCAUCCCCCCUUCUUAUUCGAACACUACUAAAACGCGCGCCGAGUAUCAAUGAGGGUGUCUCUUUAAGUCCUUCCAAGCGUAUGCGUCUAGAUGGAAAAGAACCGACGACUCUCGUUCACUCCGCUAAGGCCCCUACCGUGCCACGGGGUUUUGAACCCAUGCUGGGAACGGGAGGGAAGGGUGCUGGAAUCACAGAGAAGGAUCAGCUGGUCUCUCCUUCGAACGCCCUUGCAUCGGUUGAGUCUCACCUAGAAAACGUGGAGGACCCACAAAGCAACUUGAUGUCGGAUAAUCCUUCUGGCCCAAUGAUUUCAAACGUAGGAAGUUGUCAAACGGUCAACAAUGGGGAAGCAGAGGGGUCAGAAGUCGAUGAAGCGGGAAGGGAUAAAGAGGGUAAAGAGGAAGGGGGCGAGGAUGAGGAUGAAACGAGUUGUGCAGAGAAGGAAGCACUGGGAGAGGUUUUGAAAUUGGAACAUCCAGGCAACAUAUGCAAGUUGUGUCGUUCACGACAUGACGGGUAUCCGGACAAGUAUACUGACGCUGAUACUCCCACCUCGGUACUCGUCAGCCACUUUACCACUGUCCAUCCAGCAGGAUGGAGUCGACUUCGCGGCUCUUCAGUUCCAACGUUGACUCCGACCGCCGCCUGA